CCGGACUGGAAAUCUACACACUACAUUUAAAAGUGGUGUCGGAAAAGAUCGAGCGCUCGCGUCUCUCAUCAGCCGGUCGGUCAGUGUUUGUAUACCUUACAUUCGGAUAGUGCAGUUUGUUGUGCGUGAAAUUUUCAUUUUUUUUUUCUUCGUGCUUUCCCCGAUUGCUGCUGGUGGAAUAUGUUGGGGUACUACCUCUUCGUGCUGGUAGUGUUUUCGACAUUUACACCACAAAUACCAGCAUGGGAGACUCCUUCACCACACCAAUAUCACAUCCAAACUGACGAGGGUCCUGAACGAUAUUUCCGAUACCAAACUGACAGUGGUCAGUAUCGAAAAGAAAAACGACUUGAAGACGGCACUGUAGUUGGCACCUACGCUUGGAUAGAUGCCGAUGGUAUAUUGAGGCAACGAGACUACAUAGCAGACAAUGCAGGCUACAGAAUUCUGAAAAAUAAAAAUGUAUUCGUGGGAAGAAACAUCAAUGUUGGCGAUGCUGUAAAAUCGGCUAAAAAGUACCCGACCGGUGCUGGAACCUUAGAUAAAACAGGAUUUCAACACCAGAGACCAGUGAUAACAAUACCAUACCAAGGCCACAUUUCUUCGAAUAAUUAUAUUCCUCGCACAUCUUCUCCUUUGUCGCAGAACUAUAUUCCUAGUAGUACUCCUUCUUCUGUUCCUCAGAGUUAUAAUUAUAUUCCUAGUAGUACUCCUUCUCCUAUUCCACAGAGUUAUAGCUAUAUUCCUAGUAGUACUCCUUCUCCUGUUCCGCAGAGUUAUAACUAUAUUUCUAGUAGUACUGCUUCUCCUAAUCUACAGAAUUAUGACUAUAUUCCUAGUAGUACUCCUUCCCCUAUUCCACAGAGUUACAAUUAUAUUCCUAGUACAACUGCUGCUCCUUCAGUAACAUCUAGCUACAGUCCAAGCUUAUCAUACAUUCCAAGUACGACUUCAUCUUCAGUACCUUCUAGCUCUUAUAUUCCUAGCACCACUUCAUCUCCUGUAAGUACCCUGUCGCCUACCGUAGAUGUUUCUCAUAAUUCUAUUGAUUCUUCUACUCCGUUUAGGAUUAUAAUUCCAACAGAAAAUUCAGUAGUUGAAAUUACACCAAAUUCCUUUUCAAGAUCACCUUAUGAAAAGCUUCAGCUAGCACCUCUUCAUAACCUAACUUAUGUAUCUAGUAAUAAUUUACAAUCAACUGUAAAUCCUUACAUUGAUACAACACAAGCUUCUUAUUAUGAUAGAACUUCUUCUUUAACUACUUUAGCUCCUCCUGUGUAUUCUCCUUCCUACAAUCCUGCAGAUUUUGGUGGUUCUCAAGAAGUAGAUCACAAUUCUUUAGAUUACAAUCCCUAUGUACGUCAUGUCGAAAAUAGCUACAGGUUUCAAAACGGACCUACUUAUCCUUUGGACAAGAAUGGACGUCCUUAUCUAGGAAAUCAACCUAAAGCACAAACUUACGAUGGAGUAUCUGUAUCUAACGAUGGGUUUAGAUACUAUAUACCACGAGCUUACCACGAAGAAGAGACAUUACCAGGCGAUAAAAGAUCUGGUAGUUUUGGAUAUAUUGACCCGUUCGGUAUCAGGAGGGUUAUUUAUUAUAAUACUGCUCCUGGUAGUGGAUUCCAACAUAGAAAAAAUAAUAGAUAUGUAGGAUUUAAUGCACCUCCAUAUGAUCCAAGGCCAUACUGAAUGAAUUAAGAAAUUAUAUUGUCAGGGUAAGAUACAAGGGGAGCAUUUUGAGGCAUUAGUUGCAUAUGAGUUAGGUAAAGUCAGUAAAUGUUUGGUAUAAUUGGAAUGAACAAAAUUUAAAUUAAAAUAAAUACCUUUAUCUACAUAUUUAUUAUUUUUUGAGUAGGAAAACAGAUUCUACAUAAGCUGUAUUAAAUAUAAACAAUGAAAUUGUCUUAUAUAUGUACCAAGAAAUAUGUAUAAGAAUGUAUGCCUCCUUUUUAUCUUACAAUGACCAUAUCUUACCUUUGUAUCCAAAUUAAAAAAAUAUAUAUUGGAUGCUCCUGACAAACUACUAUAUCCAUCACUUAGGAUAAAUAAAGAUCUUGCCAAUAGAAGUGCCAAAAGAUUUAAAUAAAAUGAAAUAUUGACAUAUUAUCGACGAAAAACGAAGUUGAACGAAAUUUUUGUACAUUCUAAUUUUAUAACUGUUAUGUUAAAACUGCCAUGUUUAGAUUUAUUGAAAUGGAUUCUUGAGAUAGUUUUAAAACUAUUUCUUGGUCGCUUUUAAGUAUUUCUUAAUCAUUUCUUCAUCAUUUCUUCUUCUUUCUACCAUUUUCUUUUUAUAGUAAAAUUUGUUUUUUAUUGUAGGAGAAAGUUGGUACCUACCCAAUAAUAAUAUCCAAGUUUUCUUCUAUUUUGUUUAUAUUGUAAGGUCACACUACUAUAAAAUGCAAUCAACUUUUGUACUUUAUCGUAACUUUGGUUUUAGUACUGUGGCCUUAACUCCACUUUUUAGUUAAUUAUAGGCUAGUUUUAAAAACAAAAAUUGUGAUUGUAACAAAACUAAUUUAUUCUAGAAUAGCUUUUUAAGUAAGUAGUUAAGUUUAAUUUUUUGUUUUGAUUCUCACGCUGCCAGGUGCCAUUAUCUUAUAUUAUGCUUUGGUCCUGUGAAUCACAGUUUAUUUUUUUACCUUUAUUUUUAGGCGAGGAAAAUUAGCCUCCAAUAAAAGCAUGGCCCAAAAAAGUCAUGUUUCUCACUGACCAAAAAUUCGUUCAAAGCUGGAUUUUUUUUUUAAUUCCAAAUAUAUGUUAAAUUGAUUUUAACUUUAAAGAUCCAUAUUACGCGAUAUUUUAUAUUAUUUAAUACUCAUUUGAGUGAACUUUUCUGUAGGAUGCUUCGUUUUCAAAUUUAAGAUAAAAAAACUGAAAAAGUGCAAAAAUUUUCUGUUUUUGCCCUCAAAAGUUUAGCGUAGCUCAGGAACCGUCGCAACCUCAUGUAACAUAUAUUUGGGAUAUUUAUAGUAAAUAAAAAAAAUUAACUUUGUACUGUACGAAUUUUUGUGCAGCAUAAGUCUAAUUUGCCCACCCUAUUUCACAUAACAGUGGCAUAACGUCACGUACAGCUAAUCAAAUUUUAUUCAGUAUGGUGCACAUGAAAGGAAUAAAUUCAUUAUUUUAAAAAUCGGUAGCUGUCAAGAAAAAUCCACUGACUUUUAUAUUAAAACGCAGGUUCCAUGAUAUAUUUUUUAUGCGUUACGUCAUAGAUUAUUUUCUAAAGAGAAAUAUGGGUCAUUUCAUACUUCUUUUCUAAUGCUUUAUUGUCUAUUCAAUCAUAAAAAUGAGGUUAAGAUAUUGUGGACCCUAAAACACAACGGGUUUUUAAUAAUAUUUUUGUCAUUUUAAGUUAUUCAGUUAAAAUAUUUUUGUAAAAAAUGGAAAGAUUAUCAUUAUUUUUGUAUUUCAAAUUCCUAUUUAGGUCUUUGAUUUUCAAUAUCAGUUAUAACCUUUUUUUAAUUUUUGUAUUAGGGUGCUAUUAUAUAUAUUUUUUAAAACCGUUGUUUGCACUUAGACCCCUUGACUUUCAAGAAGACAUCACUUAGAUACCUUGACUUCUGAGCAGAAUGGAAAAUAAAAUAACUGCAGUAAUGUAUGAAAAUUGUAGACUUACUUUAUCUUGAAUUUUAAUGUAGGUAUAUUAAAUACUUAUGUACAACAAGACGCAAAUCUGGGAGGGUGGUAAAUAAUUUUAUUCAUCACAAUCAUAUUGUUUUUUUGCUUUUACGUAAAAUCUAGAAAUUACAAUAAAUUCCAGUAUUUCUUCGAGCAACUCGGGAGGGGAGAUGGUAAUUGUUCUAUUACCCCUCGUUGUAUCCACCCUUAUGUACAACACAAUUUAUUCGUCAGUAUCUGUGUCAUUGCUGUGUUAUUGCUUCCUUUGUUGCAUUAUGGUGUAGCCCAAUAUUGAUGGUAGAUUGGUGGAAAAAUUAGAAAAGUUCAAUAAGAUUUUCUCACUUUUCUUCUUAAAUUUAAAUUUUGUAUCAACUGGAUAAAGAACUGAAAGCUAUACAGCAAGCUAACCUGAUUUGUAUGCCACCAUUAAUAAUUCUUCGAAUUACUCAAUACUUCCUAAUUUUGUUUUGUAAAAGAGAAUUGUUGGACAUGACUCUCUCAAAUUAACUUCCUCGGAUUCUUUUUUCCGUUUUUCGGAAGAAAGUGUUAAAAGUUGUAGAACAUGAAUAAAAUGGUCAUCUUCCAUUGUUACUAUGAAAUUUCAACUUGAAGGUGCAGUUCUUUGAGACAUACAUGUAACUGACUUUUUAAACUUUUUUAUAACCUAUUUAUAACUUCUUUAUAAUUUAUUUAUAACUUCCAUAUACCUUCUUUAUAACUUCUUUAUAAAUUCUUUAUAUGAUUACAUAAACAUCAAAAAAGACUUGUCAAGGUCAUAAGCGCUAUUCCAGUGUCCAAAUGCCGUAGGCUAUAGUGGAAAGCAUGACGAAAAAAUGCAAAAUCACAAAUCCUGGGGGCGGCGCCCAUGGUCACGGUUUCAGUUUAAGUAGUUUUCACUGUUAAAGCCAAAAUUUUGUAAAUGAACCCACAGUUAUUAUGUAAAGAUCUAUGAUCUCUAUGAAAACACAAAACUGUUUUACCAUUGUGAUACAAAUCAAAAGACAAAACCAGUUAGAUAUCAAAAGGUUAAAGUAAACAUACAGACCCCUAGUGCUAGGACCCCUAGGAAUGAACUACAUUUUGUUAGUAGCUACACCUACACAUGUCAGUAUGCCCACUUAUAUCCUUUCUUCCACUUAAAAGACUGGUAUUUUAACCACAACAUUCCAUUAUCUGGAUUUUUUUAUUAAGUCACUUAGGCUCCUUGUGUUCUAAAAUAAUUAUUUGUGUUAUUUAUAAAAUUAAAAUCACAUUUAUAGAAAAUGUUUAACUUGACGACCUUUAACUAUAAUACAGUGAGAAAGACGAACCCUAAACUCUUCUUGUACUCUCUGUUUGGAAAUAGGUAGUCUUGUAGAAAUUGGUAAUAUUCUGUUGAGGAUUCCUGGAAAAAUUAUGGUAUUAUUUCUUCUGGAUCAAACAUUCACUUUUUGGGGGCAAUAAGUAUGAUACUCUUUCAUCCAGUGUUGCUCAAUACCCAAGUCUGAUAAGUGAUAGUUGACAUUACUAUUUAGAAGGAAUGUUGCUUCAUCAGAAAACUACUUUUUUUAGAAAUAUAGGAUCUCUGUUAUUUUUCAUUAUAAUCUUGCAAAACUGAACUCCUCGUAUUAAAAUCUUGUUCCAAGAGUUCCCACACUACAUUUAUGAGGAUGUCAUUUUAACUUUUAAUCUUUUUAAGUACUUUCGAAUUCACAAUGUUAUUAUCUAAUCUAAUGCUACUUCCCCUGAACUAGUAAGCGUGGGUAAUACCUUGAAAUGCUGGUGGAUUACCUGGUUUCUUGUUUCCCCACCUAUUACCUUUAAAGAGGUCUUUUACAAAAAAACCUGCUCAAUUUUGCUAAUUGUGAAUUGGUAAAUUGGUUUUCCGCAUGUGCUAUUUAUUGUUAAACACAGUACAAAUAUAGUCCUGGUUUUGUCUUCACAACCAAUAAUUAAUAAUAUUUCGAUUUUAUCCAUUUUAAGUAAGCUUCUUUUUAAAUAGUAUACUCUAAUAAUAUCACCAUUAACCACUUGACCAAAAAUGUCAGUUAAGUCGAAUUUAAAUACAGUAGUCUGGAUAAGGUAGAUAAUAAUUCAUAAAAAAAGCAAAAACAAGCAAAACACUAAAAAGAGCAAAAAUUAAGUAGGUAAGAUACUUAAAACGAGUCGAAAAUAAAUUGGUACUUGUCAACAAAUUAUAAUAAACUUUUUGACAGUACAAAAAAACUCAAUUACUUACAGUCCCUCAAUUACUUAUAGCCUAAUUCACAAAAUCUUUAAAUUUAUCUCAUUUAAAACCUUGAAAAAACAUAACCUCUUUAAUUUGAAUAAUAAUAAGCACAGUUACGAUUCAAAAUUUGAGUGAAAAAUCUCGCCAUCGUCCAACUCUACUUUUUCUUUGAAUUGACUCACAUUUAUAUCUUUAAUGUAAAAAGGUUGUUAAUUUAAUUAAUAUGGUUGGAUAGACAAUUCUCCUAAUUCUCAAACGAGUUAUCACAUUGUAUCCACAUUUACAUUUAAAAAAAUUUGACGACGUCAUCAAGCUUACACAGAUGACGUCACGUAUAAAAAAUAUAUCGCGUUAUCCGAAUUUGAAUAUAAAAAUAGUAUGAUUUCUGGAUGUCCCCCCAUACUCAAUGAUUCAUGACUUUAAUCUUACAAUUUGCUCCAUAAAGUAUAUAUAACAUUUAUCUUUACCAGUACUUUCCAGAAAAUUAAAUAUAUUUUUACCUGACAUUUAAUUCUACGCACGCUGCGCCACUGUUAUGAAGAUUUUUAAACUCUAGUUCCAGGACCUUUGGUUGUAACUAUGUAGGUAGUUUUUUAUAAUGAUAGUAAAAUAAUUCGUAUUUUUACUAGCAUUAUAUUAUAUAGGUUUAUCUAAAAUACAAAUUUGAUCAGUACCACUCUAA